UUGCAGGGGGAGGGAAAUAGCGCCUCACGUUCUACCAUUCUAAUUGGCUGUCCUUCGUGCCUUUUAAAACGAACAAACCAACCACCAGGCUUAUUGGGGGAAAUCCGUGUCACUCAAACGAGUUGUCCCCCCCCCGCCUGAGGCUUCUCACCUCAUUUUCCUAUUGUUCUGAUAUAGGAAGCUUCCGAGUCAGACCACUGGUGGUCCGUGUACCUCGAUGCAGCUCAAGACAGUAUAUCUAAGACCUCAAAAUUCCUAUCACAACAGCGACCAACAAGUUAAAGCAUGCUGCGUCCUCAAGGCCUCCCCGUCGCCUUUCCUCCGGGAAGCAUUGUCCUUUGUCCUCCCUCCUUGCCAAGGGGAGCCAAGUGAUUUUCAUCUCCCGCCGUCCACUUCUCCAUCGCUGCCCUGUCGCUGCGACUGGGGGGUUCUCCUCCCGCUUUGCCUGGAUGCAACCCUUAGCCUACAAGUGGAAACAGAACUAGCCCUAUGGAAAAGGCCUUUGCACCUUGCUGGGCAGCAGGUAUUUGGGGGCAGAAGGCGGGGAGAGGCGGCAAAAAUUCAUUCAGUGCCCCCACGAGAGCUUGGAGCUGGGAUGUGCACAGAGGGGGCUAUUGUUUGGCAGGGCUGUGUGCCAGGCAGCCGAGACUUUAUAAGAGCUUCCCACUGGCAUCUCACACGCCUACGAAGAAGCCAAAGUCUGGAUCCGUUCAGCCCUGCCGUCGGGGAAGAGAAAAUGGUGAGCGAGGACAAGAACCCCGAAUCGUGGCCGGCGGGGCUGCACCUCAAGAGCCCACCCUACACUCUCCACUCCAGCCUUGAGCUGGCAGAGCCUCCCGUCGCCUCGAACCGCAAGCUGGUGAUUCUGAUGGUGGGCGCUGUCUCAGCCCUCGGCAUCAGCAUUGUGGGAGUCCUGCUGGCCACCUACCUCGGGCGGGCGGACUGCGUCCAGAGGGACGCCUUCAGCUUCCUCCCUCCCCAAGUCAACGUCCAGAACGAAGCGUCUCUCUUGUUGGCGCUCAGCGAACUGGGCGAACAAGGCGUGGCUCCAGGGAUCACCUGCGACUUGAGAAACCACUUGAUGGUGUACCAUGGCCAACCAGAAGGGUGUGUGGCCCGAAAGAUGGAGGUGUCCGAACCGCUACCCUCCUGCCAGGAACUGGAGGCGUACUUCCAAGCUGUCUUGAAAAAUGCCACGCUGGGGAUCACCUCGGAGGUGCAGAUCGUGGGGACCGCAUCGCUGGGCAGCCUCACCACCCUGCUGUGUAGCAACAAGCCCACCUACCUGGUCAACAGUUUUGCACCUUCUCCAAGGCACUCCAUGAGCCGACUUGCUUAAAACCAAGCUGGGAAGUUGUGCAGACCAGCAAUCAACAUCUCCUCUUCGCUUCUCCCUGCAAAACCCCAAGACAAAGGACCUCGCCUGAACCUGUCACUAUUGAUUUCCCCCAUAUAGGAAAGUAUGUGGGGAGGGGGCCGAGACCCUGUUUCACUGCACCUCAAGUUUGUAUGUGAUUUCCCCGCUCCCUGCAACUCCUUGUCAUAACCAAAUCAUUAGCAAUAACAAGAAUGAUAAAAAAAACCCUGAAA